GCGGAGCUCUGCACACCCCCCCUUGCCCCCGGCUCCGCUGUGCCGCCCCUUGCGGGAGCGCGCCCGUGCGGGUUCGCGUCUCCCACCCCCCCUUCCCCCCCCCCGCCGCCGCCGGCGCCGCCCGGCAGAACCUUCCAGCGCCGGCGGCCGCGGGGCCGGACCCCGCCAUGGAGCUGGGCAAGGUGACUGUCAGCAUCAAUAAGGCCAUUAAUGCCCAGGAAGUGGCUGUCAAGGAGAAACAUGCCAGAACGUGCAUCCUGGGCACACACCACGAGAAGGGGGCUCAGACCUUCUGGUCGGUGGUGAAUCGCCUGCCGCUGUCAGGCAACGCCGUGCUCUGCUGGAAGUUCUGCCACGUCUUCCACAAACUCCUCCGGGAUGGCCACUCCAACGUCCUGAAAGAUUCCAUGAGAUACAAGAAUGAGCUGACUGACAUGAGCAGGAUGUGGGGCCACCUGAGUGAGGGCUAUGGACAGCUCUGCAGCAUCUACCUCAAACUCCUGAGAACCAAGAUGGAGUUUCACACCAAGAAUCCCCGCUUUCCCGGCAACCUCCAGAUGUCCGACCGGCAGCUCGACGAGGCGGGGGAGAACGAUGUCAACAACUUUUUCCAGAUGACAGUGGAGAUGUUUGACUACCUGGAGUGUGAGCUGAACCUCUUCCAGACAGUGUUCAGUUCCCUGGACAUGUCCCGCUCGGUGUCGGUGACGGCCGCAGGGCAGUGCCGCCUGGCCCCCCUCAUCCAGGUCAUCCUGGACUCCAGCCACCUCUACGACUACACUGUCAAGCUGCUUUUCAAGCUCCACUCCUGUCUGCCAGCGGAUACACUGCAAGGCCACCGGGAUCGCUUCCUGGAACAGUUCAGAAAGCUCAAGGAUCUCUUCUACCGCUCCAGCAACCUCCAGUACUUCAAGCGCCUGAUUCAGAUCCCGCAGCUGCCAGAGAACCCUCCCAAUUUCCUGCGUGCCUCGGCGCUGUCAGAGCACAUCAGCCCCGUGGUGGUCAUCCCUGCUGAGGCAUCCUCCCCUGACAGUGAGCCCAUCAUGGACCUGGUGGAGAUGGACACAGCCUCACAGAGCCUCUUUGACAAUAAGUUCGAUGACAUCUUCGGCAGCUCCUUUAGCACCGAUCCCUUCAACUUCAACAGCCAGAAUGGGAUGAAGAAGGAUGACAAGGACAGGUUAAUCGAGCAGCUUUACGGGGAGAUCACAGCCCUGAAGGAGGAGAUGGAGAACUUCAAGGCUGAGAGUGGCCGGGCCACCGUGCAGCUGCGGGGCCGCAGCAGUGAGCUGGAGGCUGAGCUGGCUGAGCAGCAGCACCUGAAGCAGCAGGCACAGGAUGAGAGCGAGUUCCUGCGGGCUGAGCUGGAGGAGCUGAAGAAGCAGCGAGAGGACACUGAGAAGGCACAGAGGAGCCUGACAGAGAUCGAGAGGCGGGCGCAGGCCAACGAGCAGCGGUACAGCAAGCUGAAGGAGAAGUACAGCGAGCUGGUGCAGAACCAUGCUGACCUGCUGCGGAAGAAUGCAGAGGUGACCAAGCAGGUGACAGUGGCCAGGCAGGCCCAAGGGGACGUGGAGCGGGAGAAGAAGGAGCUGGAGGAUUCCUUCCAGCGAGUGACUGAGCAGGCACAGAGGAAGUCCCAGGAGCAGGCAGAGGUGCUGGACACACUGAAGCGGGAGCUGGCAGCCAGCAGACAGGAGCUGCAGGUCCUCCAGGGCACGCUGGAGUCCAGCACUCAGGCAGGAGCAAAGCAGAGCACCCAGAUUGCCAGCCUGGAGCAGGAGAGAGAGAAGCUGAGGCAGGCAGCGGAGCGGCACGGGGAGGAGAUGGCAGCUCUGCGGGCUGAGCUGCAGCAGCUGCGGGAUACGCUCAGCCAGGAGCAGGAGAGCAGCAGGAGGGAGCUGGAGACAUUGCAGACCCAGCUGAGAGACAAGGAGAGCAGGGAGCAGGAGCUGGAGCAGCGCCAGGCCACGGAGCAGUUUGCCCUGCUGCAGGGCACGGCACGGGAGGCCCAGCGCAUGGUGCAGGACGCCCUCACUCACAUGGAGGAUCCCGCUCACAUCGGCUGCACCGGCUCGGCCGAUUGUCUCCUGUCCCGGACGCUGGCGGCUUCAGAGUGCUUGGAGCGGCUGCGGGAUGCACACAGCAAAUACCUUUCCAAUGGUGCAGCCGUGGGCUCCCUGCUGCCCUGCCUGGCCCUCUUUGCCCACCUGGUCAGUGACACACUCCUGCAGGGCAGCGCAACCUCCCACAUGGCCCCCAUGGAGCCCGCUGACCGUCUGCUGGAGAUGUGCAGGCAGUGUGGCAGCGAAGCUGUGAGCUACCUCAGUGCCCUGCAGGACCCGGGUACAGUGAAAGUUGCUGACUGCAGCCUGGUGACUGCCUGCCUGGGCCGGAUCAGCGCUAUCGGGGAGGAGCUGCGGCCCAGAGGGCUGGAUGUCAAGCAGGAGGAGCUGGGUGACCUGGUGGACAAGGAGAUGGCAGCCACAGCGGCAGCCAUCGAAACAGCGUCUGCCCGCAUCGAGGAGAUGCUGAGCAAGGCACGGGCUGGUGACACCGGGGUCAAACUGGAAGUGAAUGAGAGGAUCCUGGGCUCUUGCACUGGUCUCAUGCAGGCCAUCCACGUCCUGGUCCUGGCCUCCAAGGACCUUCAGAGGGAGAUUGUGGAGAGUGGACGGGGUGCCGCAUCCCCCAAGGAAUUCUACGCCAAGAAUUCCCGCUGGACCGAGGGUCUCAUCUCUGCCUCCAAGGCCGUGGGCUGGGGUGCCACUGUCAUGGUUGACGCUGCUGACCUGGUGGUGCAAGGCAAGGGGACGUUUGAAGAGCUGAUGGUCUGUUCCCGGGAGAUCGCUGCCAGCACUGCUCAGCUGGUGGCAGCCUCCAAGGUGAAAGCAGACAAAGACAGCGCCAACCUUUACAAGCUCCAGCAAGCCUCCCGAGGUGUCAACCAGGCCACAGCUGGUGUGGUGGCCUCCACCAAGGCUGCCAAGUCACAGGUGGAGGACAAAGACAACAUGGACUUCUCCAGCAUGACACUCACCCAGAUCAAGCGUCAGGAGAUGGACUCACAGGUGCGGGUGCUGGAGCUGGAAAACCAUCUGCAGAAGGAGAGGCAGAAGCUGGGGGAGCUGCGCAAGAAGCACUACGAGCUGGCAGGAGUGGCAGAGGGCUGGGAGGAGGAUGAUGCAGAGUAACGCAGGCAGAGAAGCGGCCCACAGGGAACACCCUGCAGUGGGCUGGGGCCCAACUCUGUGCAGCCUUUUGGGAAGAUCCACAAGAAACUGGUGCAAAAGCCACCCCCCUCCCCCCCCCAAGCACAUGUCCUCCAUGUCCCCCCUGCCACAAGCCACCUCCAGCGCCAGAGCACCCAGAGCUGCCCGGCCAGACCCCAGGGCUGGAGUGAGACAUCGCCAGCUGCAAACCACACCUGUAUUUAUUAGAGCUGCUUGGGGUUGGGGGGGGCUCCAGGGGGGUCUUUAACCCUUUAGUUUUGUUUUUGCACAGAUUUUCGGAGCUCUUUGAGCCCAGCUCUGGCUGAGUGAGAGCGGUGUGGGCCUUUUUUGCCUCUUGCUGCUUCUCCAGCCUUAACUUGGCACGAGCAUCUGCCCCUGCAAAGGAGCCUGUCAAGGGCCCUAGGGGUGCUGCUGGGUCGUGAGCCAGCUUUUGGGGUGCUGCUGGGCUUGGUGCUAGGUGUGAUCCCCUGUUCAGCAGGGGUACCGAGUGCCUUUGUCUGCUGCAGGGUGGGGAGGAGGCUUCCCAUGGGACAACCUGGCCAGUGAGAUCCUGGUGUCAGCAGCAGCAAGGAGGGAGUGGGGUGGGCAGUAGGAGGGAUGCUGCCAUGACUGCCCCCAUGCCAGGUCCCCACAAUGUCCCCUCUGCCCUGGAGCUGGGCUGCCCUGUCCCAACAGAUCACUGUGUUCAUGCCAGCAAUAAACCCUCCACAAGGUGCUGGGUGCAGGUCGGGGCAACCCUGGUGCCACCGCACAAGCCACCAGCUCCUGGGGACAGGGUCUGGCUCUAGGGCAGCAGCACAGAGGGUUUGAGGGGGAGCCAGGGUGAGCAAGUUCCCUGUGCCCACUCACUCUGAGCUGGUGCCAUCCUGGUGUCCUGACCACCCUCUUUGGUGCACAGGGGACUGGUGCCAGCAUUGCCAUGAGGCUGGCACUGGCCGAGGAACCUUUGUGCCUUGAGCAGGGGGCUCAGAGGGCAGGGGGUGCCUGCCAGCUCCAGACCCCCCAGCUCAUCUUGCAGCCGCCGCCGUGGUCCUGCCAGUGUCUGUGUGGGGCCAGGGUGUCCUUCCCAGAACCUGCCUUCACACAGCCACUGCUUCUGAGGGGGGACAGCCAGACCACCCCCCUUGGAGUGCCAGGGGCCAGGAUUUGGUUUUUUCUCCCUUGAGGAAGCAGUGGCAUGGCCCAGAGUGGCUGGGCUGUCACCACAUGCUUUCCAGUGACACAGGGCAGCCCUUGGGGCCGCUCUGAGCAGUGGGACCCACCUGCAUCCCUCUGCCCCACCGGGCCUUCACCGUGGCCUCAGGCCUGCCAAGAGUGCAAUGUCACCAUGCAGGGACCACCAGAGUGUCACUGCAGCCGCCAGCACACCCAUCCUGCCGGGAACCCCUCUGGCUGUACCCUGACCCAUGCGGACUCCCUCUGGAUGCAAUGCCAACCAUCCUGUUCCUGCAGGAUUUGGGGAGCCCCACAGCUCUCCCUGCUCUUCUAGGGGGGGGUCUUGCCAGCAUGGGGGUGCCCCCAACUACCUCAGGCCUCCAGGCAGGGUCGGGGCUGGGGGGCAGUGGGGGGGUUAUGAGGACAGUGGCACUGCUCUCGGCCAAAACCGUUUCUCCUCCUUUUUGUAUUGCUGGCGGGGGGACUGUCCCCUGUGUGUUCCCCAGUGCUGGCAGCUGGUGAGGGGGAUGGCAGGGGACACAACCCACUGCAGGGUGGGUUGAAUUUUUUUCUUUUUUUUCUUUUCUUUUUUUUUUUUUUUUUUCAUUGUAUAAUAAUAAUUCCUAUGUCAUGUGUUUUGGAUUUUUCAAUAAAGCCUUCAGGCCAGCCCUGCC